AGUGGAAAAACUGUGACAUUUAUAAGAAAUUCAGUGAGAUAAAAAUCUACAACAGACUAAUAUUAAAGAUGAGGAAGUGACAUCAUAUGAACCACAGGAAGUAGGUGCAGCUUCUCUCGACUAAAGCACGACUUUAGAAACUCAGAUGAUCAUAAGAAGAGAGACAGAAGAAGGAGAGAGACAGAGAAUCAUGAUGGUCCAGUUCAAAUGGAUUCAAAUGUCUUUAUUUGUGACAGCGAUGCUUCAGUUCACAGGAGCAGCUGAAAACCUUCCAGCCUCCUUCACUGUCACAGUUGGAGAUGACGUCACUUUGACUUGUGAAAAUGUGAUAAAGCCUCAGCAACAAUGUAACAGCACUGUCUGGACCUUCAGUGGUUUAGGAAGCAAACAAGUAGUAGAGCUGGUUGAACUUGGACAGAUUGGUAAAGAUGUCAAAGCUAAAGACAGACUGAGUGUUACAGAGAAAUGUUCUCUGGUUAUAAAGAAGGUCACAGUCGAGGAUGUUGGUCGUUACAUCUGUGAGCAGUAUGAAUAUAGAGGAGCUCCAAAAAGUUCUCCAGACUCUGUGGUUUAUCUGUCUGUUGUCUCCAUGACUGAACAUCAGAACCAUGAUGAGGUGACAUUAAACUGCUCUGUGUGGACAUAUGAACCAUGUAGACACACAGUGAAGUGGCUGUAUGAGGGUAAAGAGGUGGAUACAGAUAACGGAAGUGUAACUACAUCACAGUCUCUCUGCUCUGCCUCUGUGAGAGCUCCAUCUCAUCAUCACAUUUACAAGUCAGAGUUUGAAUCUGUGCAGUGUUCAGUGACUGAUGGUGACAAAGAGCAGCAGCUGUUUCCCUUCAGACUUCAGUCAUCAGGAAAGAAACCAGGUGAGACAACAGCAACAACAACAACAGCAAAACCACCACCAACACCACUGUUAACAGCAACAACUGAAUCAAGUGACACCAGCAGAACAAAAAGAACCAGCACAACAGUGCGUAGAGCUGAUGAUGCUUCAUCAGGACCACAAGUUGGGUGGCGGUACAUCAUUGUGUCUGUGGGUUUGUCAGCACUCUUAAUAAGUGUCGUUACAGUCAGCAUGUGGACGAGAACUAAAGGGAACAAAACACAGAGGCAAGAAAACAGGGAGCAUGAUGAUGAAGAUGAAGAUGAAGAUGAAGGUACAGUGGUGUAUGAAAACACCGGAGAGCCGUCUGCCUCCGUCAGACUCCACUGAUCACCAACAUCAACUCACCAGAGAAACGAGUCCACCGCUGUUAAAUAUCACCUCGUCAUAUUUCACAUGAGGAGAUAACAUAACAUCUUUUUAAGAGUUAGACUGAAUGCAUUUGCUUUUAUUCAUUAAUAUGACAAAUGUCUUUUCUGUGCCAAGCUCUCUGUGUUUUAGUCUGAGCUGGACUAACAGGCUGGAGUCAAACUGGUGGACGAGGAGUUUGACUCUUCAGCUGUUCAUGUGUGCUGUAAACAUCAUGAAUCCUGUCUGUUUUACAUUAAAGGAUAUA